AUGUUACAGGACAUCCAGAUUCACCGCAGCCUUAAACACAAGCACAUUCUUGGCUUCCACAGUUACUUCGAGGACGACAAAAAUGUUUACAUAAUCCUGGAACUUUGCAGUCGACGGAGCCUCAUGGAAAUGCACAGGCGUCGCAGGAAUCUCACGGAAGGGGAGGCACGUUACUUCCUUUACCAGCUUCUUCUUGCGUGCCGCUACCUUGUGCAGCAGAAGGUGAUUCACAGAGACCUCAAGCUGGGGAAUCUUCUGCUCAAUGACAACAUGGAACUCAAAGUGGGGGACUUCGGGCUUGCCACCCGUUUGCGGUACGAUGGCGAGAGGAAUAAGACCCUGUGUGGCACGCCAAACUACGUAGCGCCGGAAAUACUCGCCAAGAAGGGGCACAGCUUCGAGGUUGACAUCUGGUCCAUAGGAUGCAUCCUGUUCACCCUUCUUGUCGGUCGUCCACCGUUUGAGGCAUCGUCCGUGGAAGAGACUUAUAACCGCAUAAAGAAAAAUGAGUACCAUGUGCCCCCGUCGGUGAGCUCUGCUGCCAGAAAGCUCAUCAGGAAGAUGCUGCAAUCAGAUCCAAAGAGGCGACCAGAUGUAGAGGCCAUCUUUCAGGAUGAAUUCAUGACGACGGGGCCUAUGCCGUCUCGUUUACCUACAUCUUGCCUAACGACGGAGCCCCGCCAUGACACGCUCAAUGCCACCCUGACUGUGAAUGGCCGCAAGCCUCUGCUAGAGCGAAAUGAGGGUCCAGACAUAAAACCAAAGGUGACUCCUAUUGGGAACAGCACAGGAAAGGAAGCGAAGCCUGCGCAGCGCCUCGAACACCAACAGCCUGCAUUACCAAGCGGUUCGCAGAAGCCCGCGACGGAGGGCCCGGCCAGUGAAAUUUCUCCGCAAAAGGCUCACCUCAGUGAGCUUCAACGCCUCCUGACGUUCCUGGUCAAGGCUUGUCCACCAGAGCUGCGCUUCGAGCGUCCCGACGAGGCUGAGGAUCCGGCUUCCAUGCCGGUGUUCUGGAUUAGCAAGUGGGUGGACUACACAGAGAAGUAUGGGCUGGGCUAUCAGCUGUGCGACAACAGCAUCGGUGUGCUCUACAAGGACAACAGCAGAAUCAUUCUGCUCGGCAAUGGCCAGAGCAUAACGUAUGUCGACGAGCAGUGCAUUGAGCACUACCACACUCUGGAAAACUACCCACCGUUGCUGGAGAAAAAGAUCACGCUGCUGAAGUAUUUCUGCGCAUACAUGAAGCAGUACCUUCUCACAACAGGGGCAGAUGUCAGCCCUAGGGAAUGUGACAAUCUGGUCAGGCUGCCAUGCGUACGGGCAUGGCGGCGAACGCAGGUAGCGAUAGCAUUCCACCUGACCAACGGAACUGUGCAGAUAAACUUCUUCCGUGGGCACACAAAGCUAAUUUUGUGCCCAUUGAUGGCGGCAGUGACAUACGUAGACGACAGCCGGGCUUUCCAUACGUACCGGCUUGAGACUCUGCGCAAAGGCUGCCCGCCGGAGCUGUUGUCACGACUGAAGUAUGCGUGCACCAUCUUAGACCAGCUGUCCAGCACGUCGUAGUCCAACAGUCUUCUCAGCUUUGUUGCUUGCAUUCUACGACAGAUGUUUCAAAGUUCUGAGUGUGAGGCGUUCUUUUCACUGACCAAAAAAAUCCCCUUGGCAGCAAAUUUUUAUGUAUCUUUUAUUACGCUACAUGCGUGUAGCCAGUUUUUAUAUACUGAGCACCUGUCAUGCCUUGCUGUUUUUCUCAUUUUUUUUCAUCAUUUUAAUUUCGAUGACAAUGAGCUGGUAUUAUCAGCUGUAACUUUUAUGUGAAAUGCUGGUGUGAUAUACUGUUGCAAUACCUAUGAGGCAUUUUCUUACACCAGUAUUUGCAGCAGCUAUCAA